AUGUCAAGGAGAUACGACUAAAAGACUAAUACCUUCACUCCAGAUGGCAGAUUAAAAUAGGUGGAAUAUGCCAUUGAGGCAAUUAAUUAAACGGGAUCCGCACUUGGAGUCUUAACUAACGAUGGCAUGAUUUUAGCUACUGAAAAAUAAGAAGUAUCUCAUUUACUAGAACAUUCAAAACAUUCUGAAAAAAUCUAUCCAAUUGAUCGACACAUAUUUUCAGUUGUCUCAGGUCACACUGCUGAUGCAAAUAUUUUAAUUAAUUAUGCCAGAGAAGCUGCUGCCAAUCAUAGAUAUUAGUUUUAAGAUAACAUUGGUUUAGAAUAAUUGAUCAUAAACAUAUGUGAUUAUAAGCAGAAUAAAACCUAAGUGGGAGGACAAAGACCAUUUGGAACAGCAUUCUUAUUCGCAGGCUAUGAUAAGGAAAAUGGUUUUCAAUUAUUCAGUACUGAUCCAUCAGGUAAUUAUGCAGGUUGGAAAGCAACAGCUAUAGGAAAAAAUAACUUAGCAGCCAAUAGCUACUUAAAAUAGGAUUACAAAGAUAAUUUAACCUUAGAAUAAGGAUUGGAUAUUGCUAUUAAAGCACUCGUGAAAACUAUGGAUACAUCAUCUCCUCAGCCUUCUAAAAUUGAGAUUGUCGUUAUCAGCAAACUAGGAAAAGAAGUUAAGAGUAAAACCUAUAAUGAAAAAGAGGUUUUGAGUUUGCUUUAAAAAAAUGGUUUUAGUAAUGAAUAAAUGCAACAGGAAUGAUAUAUCCUUCAAAAAGGAAACAUUAAUUUGUUCAUUAAAUAUU